GGACCGCCCUCCGGGCGUGCGGGGUGCACAACGUCUGCCGCCUCCUCAGCCGCAGGGCCCACGGCUUCUACGCCAGAGAUGCUGGUGUCGCCCACAGGAAGAACCUGGGACUCCUCAGGAAGAUCAUGUGUCAGGAAAGUACUAAAUUCAAGAAUGUUUGGACAACUCAUUCUGCAUCUCCUAUUGCAUAUGAAAGAGGAAGAAUUUACAUGGACAAUUACCAAUGCUGUAUUACCAGCAUUGCACAACAGCCAAGACUAAUUUAUCAAAAGUCAAAGUGUGCCAAGUCUGAGAAAAUAGAAGAUGCUUUAUUAUUGGAAUGCCCACUGGGGGAAAUGCUACCAAGUCCAUCAGAUUAUAAAGCUUCCCUGAUAGUCUUGACAGUGCAGAACUGGCUUCUACGUCUCUCUGCUGAUAGUGGAGAAGUACUGGAAAAAGUGUAUCUUGCUGGUUCCUGCUGCAAAUUCUUCAGGUAUCUGAGCUGGGAUACUCCUCAAGAGGUAAUGAUUGUAAAGUCAGCUCAGAAUAAGCUUCCUGCAGCAGCACGGCAGGCAGGAAUCCAACAGACUGUAUUGUUUUAUCUUGCUGUAUUCCAAGUUUUGCCUCUUUCAUUCAUUGGAAUGCUGGAAAUAAACAAAAAGAUUUUUGGUAAUAGUGUGACAGAUGUUGCUGUUUCUAAUGGAAUCCUGAUUGUAAUGUACAGCAUGGGUCUGGUCAGACUCUAUAACUUCAAGGCCAUUUUGGAACAGUUCAUGGAACAACCAUUUGAUUUGGGACAAGAAUUCAACUGGAAUGGUCAGGUGGGAGUUGUAGGAAAGUAUCCAUUUGGUCUUCCAUGUAACAUUAAAAUAACAGAUACCCCACCUUUGCUAUUUGAAGCAUCUUCUCUGGAGAAUGCAUUUCAAAUUGGAGGUUACCCUUGGCAUUAUAUCAUCACACCUAACAAGAAAAAACAUAAAGGAGUCUUCCAUAUUUGUUCUCUGAAAGACAAUGCUUUGGCAAAAAAUGGAAUACAGGAUAUGAAAUGCUGUUCACUUGAACCUGACUGGAUAUAUUUCCAUCCAGAUAUGUCAGGUAGAAUAAUCCACGUGGGACCAAAUUUGAUAAAAGUCUUAAAGCUUAAGGAAGUUAAAAAUCGUGCAGAUCAAAUGGAGAUUGCAGAAGAUUUUACGAUUGUAGCCAACAGAGAAAACUGUGUGAACAACAGUGUUACUGUAACAGCUUCUGGUCGAGUGGUGAAAAAGCGUUUUACCUUGCUGGAUGAUGACCCAGAGCAAGAGACAUUCAAAAUUGUGGACUAUGAAGAUGAAUUGGAUUUAUUAUCCACUGUGGCAGUUACUCAGAUAGGAGCUGAUGGAAGAGCUCACCUUGACUUUCAUUGCAAUGAACAUGGGAUUCUACUUAAGAGUAUUCCAUUAAAGGAGUCCUGGGAUGUGACUUACAGUCACGAAGUUUACUUUGACAAAGACCUUGUAUUACAUAUAGAACAGAAGCCUAACAGGAGAUUCAGUUGUUACGUUUACCAAAUGGUAUGUGAUACUGCAAAAGAUGAUGAUUCUUAAUGCUAUUAAAAAAAAGAAAGUGUUUAGUGAAAAAAGGAGGGAGAACUUUUGUAUAUAUUUAAGCCAUAAACACCAGCUACAGAGACUUUUGGAUGUUAUUUAAGAAUUCUGCAAAAGAAUAUGAUUCUUAAUGCUAUAAAAUAAACCCAGAAAGUGUUUAGUAAAAAAAUGAGGGAGAACUUUUGUAUAUAUUUAAGCCAUAAACACCAGCUACAGAGACUUUUGGAUGUUAUUUAAGAACUCCAUUCAUAGUAGUCAACUACUGUUUUUCUGGCUGGAUUUAAUCUUAACAUUUUGUACUACUACAUAAGGUCUUAUUUCUUUUCUUCUUUGUGACACUGUACGCUUGCCUGUAGUUCAUGGCUUUUCAUGUAUUCACCAGUUCAUCAUUAAUGCUAGAUGCAGCAUUUAUUGCUUCUCUUCAGCAAUAGGAUUUAAAUACUGGACAUCAAGGAGAAAGACAUGGAUUUCCUUAUUAUCUGCCAUCUGCUGUGGUCUGUCUUAUGUAGUUUUACCUAUGCAACUCUAAUGAUGCCUUGAGAGGCUACCUAGAACAAAGGCUAGACAGUGUUAAAGGAAUAAAGUAGGUAUUUAUUAAAAGGCUUUCAAAGAAUACAGCUUGGGAUGUACAAGAGCCAGGUCAUGGCUCUACCCAAGACGGAUGACGGGUCACACAUUUUCAUACUUCUUAAAGUUUUGGUCCAUUUACAUACUAGGGUUAAUUUUCCAAUUACAGCUUCAGGUUAUAAAGUCUCAUCCUCUCAGAUUGCUCUCCUCAGUUUGCCGUUGUUUCCACUUUUUGGGCCUGAAGCUGUAAUGGUGUCCUUGGUUCUUGGGCUGGAAAAAUAUUGUUUUAUCUAACUAAACUGUGAGGAGAACUUGUUAACACUUUAUAUGAAUUUCAGAGUUAUAAACUAAUGCAGUACAGAAUCUGGAAAAUAAGAAAGCUAAAACUUAAGGCAUCACUAAUACAAACUGUUAAUUAAUCAAAGUAUGUAAAACUAUCUAGGAUAAAUUUUGUAUGUAGUAUGAAAAUUGAAGUGUUACCAUUAAACCACUUAGACAAAA